GCGGUCCUCCAUCCUAACGUUACAGCCUCGCCCCCGCCAAAAUCUGAAAAUCGACCAACCUCACCAUGACUGCGGAAACUGUACAAGGGCUCACACCAGAGCAACUGGCGUUUUUCAAUGAGAAUGGUUAUCUGUUGAUACCAGAUGCGCUAUCGCAAGAUACUGUGAAGCAGCUCUUGGAAGACACCAACAAGAUGCUCAACGAAUUCCCAUUGGACGAACAUCCCAUGACCAAGUUCUCGACUGGUGGUGAAGACGGUGCAGAUCAUGUAGGGGACAGCUACUUCCUGGAAUCCGGGGACAAAGUGCGUUUCUUCUUCGAAGAAGACGCCUUCGACAAAUCCGGAUCUCUGACAAAGCCCAAACACAGAGCGAUAAACAAAAUCGGCCAUUAUCUUCACGAGCUAUCUCCAUCCUUUCGCAGCAUCUCCCUCUCCGCUCAGAAUGCUGCCAUAGCUUCCUCGCUCGGCUUCCGCGACCCGCGUGUCCUACAGUCCAUGGUCAUCUGCAAACAACCUGAAAUAGGCGGUGCGGUACCACCACACCAAGAUAGCACCUUUUUGUAUACAGACCCGCCGAGUGCGGUAGGCUGGUGGUAUGCGCUCGAAGACGCGACCAAGGAGAACGGAUGUCUGAGUUUCGCUGCCGGUAGUCACAAGCGCGCUGCUAUCGAGAAGAGGUUUGUCAGAACUGGCAACGGGACUGGAUUCAUCGACAAUGAUGGUUCCAAGUUCCCAAAGAGCAUGACCCCAGAGAUAAACGGCGAGAAAGAGUAUGAGAUGGUGGAGAAGGAGGAGAGGUACGAUAUCGGGGAGGUCAAGGCUGGAACGCUGGUCUUGAUUCAUGGCAACAUUCUGCACAAGAGCGAGAAGAACACCAGCGAGAAGAGCAGGAACAUCUACACAUUCCACGUUAUUGAGGGCGAGGAGAAGUAUGACGAGCGAAACUGGCUGCAGCCGCCAGAGAAGGGUUUUUCCAGAUUAUCGCAGGGGAAGACGUCGACGAACGUCGCGAAUGGAACAGACGCGACUAAUAGACUUGCAAAGGACUGGUAGGUGUAGUUAUACGAUACUUGGCAUCUAUGAGGUCUUGCUCUGUACACAUAGGCCGAUACCCCCAAGGACGAAUGCCAUUCCAAUCCAUGUA